AUGGCUUUGAUGGUGGGCAUGAUGUGUUCGCCUGGGAGCGGACAGGUCCUCGCUGGACGGGGAGCCCGGAUGAGCCACAUCCGACAGAAGCCACUGCAAGCAGGCCCGGAAGGCUUGGAGCUGGGCAGUGCCCUACCUGCCAGCCUUGCGGCCGCGGCUGCCGUUGGGCUGGCCGUUGGGCUGGCGCGGCAAGGUUCGUCCACGGCUUCCCUGGGCGGAGUAGACGCGAGGACGUGGCGAGAAGAGGAGCUGAAGGACUUCAAAGGCACGGAUGGUGGAAACAUCCUCUUGGCAGCUGAUGGCCUCGUCUUUGAUGUUUCAUCUGCUAGGAAUCUCUAUGGCCCUGGGGGCAAAUAUGCUCCACUGGCAGGGCGAGAUGCUUCGCGGCUAUUGGGCAAGAACUCCCUGGAAGAGGAAUCCGACGCAUCGCGAGAAAUGCCAUUGAACCUGGCAGAGAAGGCCUUUUUGUCCGCUUGGGUCAUGUCCUUCAAGAGCAAGUACCCUAUUGUUGGAAAGCUAGUGGAAGAGGAGCAAGGCCCAUCUCCUGCAGCCUUCUUGCGGGCAGCCGAGCUGGGCGAUGUGUCACGGCUCCGGCGGCAGUUGGCGGAGGGCGCCCAGCUCACCUGGGCCGACAGCGACGGCCUCAGCGCCCUCCAUUGGGCUGGCCGUCAGGGCCAUGUCGAGGCGCUGGUGACGUUGUUGGAGGCUGGAGCUGCGGCAGAAGGCCUCGACUUGAAGGGUCGAAGCGCCUUGCACUGGGCUGCGACCUUUGGACACCGCCGUGCAGUGGAGGUCCUAUUGGAGAAGACUCCCGUGGAGGCUGCUGCGGCUGAUGAAUGGCUGCCCCUGCACUUCGCCGCACAGGGCGGCCAUACUGGGGUCGUGGAGGUUUUAUUGCAGAAGGGCGCUGAUGUCAACAGGGCCUCCAAGGCGGGUGUGACCGCCUUGAUGGGUGCGGCGCGCGCAGGGCAUCGAUCCACCGUGGAAAGCUUGCUGAAGGCGGGUGCUGACCCAGGUGCUGUGGUGAAUGGAAAGACAGCUGCGCGCUGGGCUGAGAAUCAAGGCCUCAAUGAGAUCGCGGAGCUCAUUCGGUGCAACCGCAGGGGGGAUGGGCGCCGCGGCAUCUACACGCUGGAAUGGAUGCAUGAUCAGGGCUUCACCAUCACCAGGGCCCACGUUGAUGUGGUCGCAAGGCAGCUGGCCGAGGACUUUUUCAAUAAGAAGGUGCAAGACCUAGAGGGCUUGCUGGAGAAGGUCUUGGCUACUUUGGAGAGAAAGCUUCAGAGCGGCUUGUACCAAACCAUGAUUCUGAGAGCAGCUGAGGUUGGGCAGCUGGAGACGUCCAAGGAGUGGUACAUGCUGGCACAGCAGUCCGUCCCGGAUUUUCGGAUCUCGCCUCGGACUUGCCGAAAGGUGGCGAAGGCCCAUUUCAAGGGAAACGACGUGGUCGGCACCUUUUGGUGGUUGGAGCAGGCCAGAAGACCGCGGCGAGAACAGCUCGGCGAAUUCAUCGACUAUGUCGCACAAGGCGAUUUCUCCGGCUCUGAGCAGCGAGCCGACAGGAGGGCAGGUCUGGUGGAUCGCUUGGCCGCCUUUGUGACCAGGUUGGCGUCGGAAAAGGAACUCCAGAAAGAGGAGGUGCCCUACUUGGAGGUCAUCGAGGCCUAUGCUGCUGCAAAACAUCCACAAGGUGCAACAGCUUGGCUGGAGGAAAUGGUCGCAGCACUUGGUGAUGCACCUGUCGAGGCGUACAACACCGUCAUCAGGAGCUAUGCGGAGGCCGGUGACAUGGAGGCCGCCAACCGGUGGCUUGCAAGGCUACAGGCCUCCAGCACGGAGCCCACAGAGGCUUCGUACGAAGCGGUCCUGGAGGCAUAUGCCUCAAAGGGCGAUGUUGCCAAGGCCCAGGAGAUCUGGAAGGAGCUCGCCGCUGCGCCCAGCAACGAGGCCUCUUGCUCCAUGCUCCGCACGUUCUGCGUGGCCAAAGAUGCCGAGCAGGUGGAGGCGUUUCUGGAGCGUUUGGAAUGGGAGGGUGUGCAGCUGAACCAGCGAACUUACCUGGAGCUUGUCAGGUUUUACAUUCACCAGGGCAGCUUGGAGAAAGCGUUGAUCCUUUCAGAAGAGAUGGCCAUGGGUGAAGUUGAGACCGGAUCCCGUGCCUGGGUGGAACAGCUACAGGCUGCACAUGAGCGACAGGACCGCGGGCAUGCUGAGAAGGUGGCUCUCGCCAUGGCCCAGCAGAAAGUUCGCUUGAACCCAGAGGAUGCAGGACUGCUGCGAGAAGUGCUUGGGGACAGCUUUGAGGCAGGAGUCAAUAGCAAUGGAAGUGUGUUCCUCCCCAAGUAUACUUUGCCAGAUGAACCAAGUCAGUGGACGUCCAUCCUCUUCGUCUUGCGCCGACUCCUCAUGGCUUUGGCGCCUUUCUUUGUGCGCUUGCUGCCGGGGCUGGCGGUGGCGGAGCACUUUCGUGCGCCCUGUGUGCCAUUGGAUGUGGCGACGCCCUAUCAGAGCACAUGGAGUUGUUUUGACAAUUUGACCGAUGGGUCUCCACAACACUGGACAGGCGACAGCCUCGACUGGGUCGGCCUCGUUCGAGUGGGCUCCACCGUGUACCGCUGGCUGGGGCGCCCCGUGAUGGACUUGCCCGCUGCGCAGCAGACGGCAGUGGACAUUCGACCGACAUUGACGCGCUAUCAUUUCCAGGUGGGCUCUGUGCAGCUGACCGUGGACUUCAUGACUCCCUCCUUUGACCAUGACAAGGUCUUGGUCGUGGCGAGCUGUCCUAUCACCACAGUCAACUUCACCAUUACUGGCACGGAUGAUCCGGUCGAAGUCUAUUUCGACAUGAGUGCCACCACGGCAACCAAAUCCGACGACCAAGAGGUCAUUGGAACUCGGCCAGCCUCCGAGACCCUUCAGGCCAUCCGCCUCGGGACAGUGGAGCAACACUUGGUGGGGCAGACCUCGGAUCGCUCAGACUGGGGAUACCGCUACCUUGCCACGGACUCGACCUCGGAGACCUUCAUCAGCUCAGCCACUCUAGCGCGCAGCGCCUUUGUACAUAGAAACUACUCCAAGCUUCAGGAUGAGGAAGAUCCAAAGGCAGCCAAUGAGCUGGCUUUGACCUUGCAAUUGAAUGUGUCCACAUCCACAUCGAAUCGCUUCUACCUGAUGUUCGACGAGGUGAUCUCUCAGCGCUACUUUGGCCGCGAUCUGAUGCCCCUGUGGCACCGCAACGGCCGUGCCAUCCGCGCACUGGAAGCCGCACACCAGUGGGCGGAGCAACGACGACGGGACGCUGAGGACUUCGAUCAACGCCUUUUAGCCGAGCUGGCCCAAGCUGCUGGGCCUCGCUACGCGCAGCUGGGAGCGCUCGUCUAUCGUCAGGUCAUGGGGUCCACGUCCACCGCAUGGAACGAGAAGACAGGUGAAGCUUGGCCAUUUAUGAAGGAGAUCUCCUCUGAUGGCGACGUUUCCACCGUGGAUGUGAUCUUUCCAGCCUUUCCGUUGUUCCUUCACGUGGCGCCCGAAUUCUUCCGCAAGCUGCUGGUUCCUCUGAUGGUCUAUGCCAACAAUGGCACAGCGGACUACGGAUUGGAUGUCAAGUACAACCUUUCUUGGGCGCCACACCAUUUGGGCACUUGGCCCGUUUGCGAUCUAAAAAGUGAGCAACAAGAGCAGAUGCCUGUGGAGGAGAGCGGAAACAUGCUGAUCAUGAUUGCCGCACUUGCUCAGAAGCAGGGUUCCGGGUCCACCGCUUGGUUGAAGAGCUAUUGGCCCGUUUUGGUGACUUGGGCAGACUUCUUGGUCGCUUCACUGCCAGAUCCGGGCAAGCAGCUUUGCACGGAUGACUUUGAGGGGCCAAACCCGCACAAUAUCAAUUUGGCCGCCAAAGGCAUCGUGGCUUUAGGUGCCUUCGCCAAAGUCCUGCAGAUGGAUGGCCAGGCGACGUUGGCGCAAAAGUACCAGGCUUUGGCUGAGGGCUUUGCCGCCCAAUGGCUGAAGAUGGCUGCGGACGGCGACCACUUCAAGCGCCAGUACGACCUGCCCAACACUUGGUCUCAGAAGUACAACCUCGUGUGGCAGAAGGUCUUAGGAUUGAGCCUGUUUCCUGAAUCGGUCUUUCAGAAAGAGACAGCUGAAUAUGAGCGACACAGAGAGAAGUUUGGCAUUCCUUUGGAUGACCGUCAUAGCUAUACAAAAGCCGACUGGUCCAUUUGGUCAGCUGCUUUUGGUUCUCAGGCGGAAUUCCAGACCGUGGUCGAUGACCUGUGGACCUUCGCGGCCAGCACACCGGAUCGAGUCCCAUUCACCGAUUGGUUUGAUACCAAGAGUGGUAAGGCGCAGGGCUUCCGCGCGCGGCCAGUCAUGGGGGGCCUCUUCAUUCAUCGGGCUGGUGACCUCGCGUGGGGCGACCGGUUCAGUAGUGGUCAUUUGAGAGGAGCCUGA